GGGACAGACACUGGUUGUAGUCAGUAGGUGUUGCAAACUUAAAAACUCGCGAUCUUCCACGUUGCUACUUACAAAACACUUGUAAUUUGAGCAAGACAAGACUUAGGAUCAAACAUGCAAACAGUCUACUCACCGAACACAUGUAAUUGGCAUUACAUCUUGAUGAAAGAAUCUGGAUUAAUAUCCAAAUAUCGGCAUACGUAGGUCCUCGAUAGUACAGGAAAAUGAUGGCCAUAUUUCACCAUUCUCCACGCUUGUUUCCAUAAGUGCCCUCCGAAGAUUGCACUCAUGUCUGCAUAAUGCUCUUCUCGUUUCCAAAAAGCAAAGCCUGUGCACAACAAGAAAUUCACUAGCCAUAAUUCUUGGCAUUUGGCCUACAGAAAAAGGUUAUUUAUGGUUUAACAGUAUUAGUAUGCACUUCUUAUGGCAACCAUUCUACCCCGUAGAUGUUCUAUUCUUGUAUAAAUUUGCAAGUUUCAGUUUUCUAUUCUUGUUUUUAUUGUACAGAGAUAUUUUUCUUGUGGAGCUCGGCCCCUUUUUUUUGAAGGUUCCCUCUCCUUCUACUGUUAAUGUUUGUUUGGUUUUGAAAGCUUAAAAACCUGUAAGUGAUAAUGCUUACAGGCUUACCACUGGCAUUGUCGUCGUGGUAGACGUAGACUGAAUAACUCCAAUUACAAUUAGAAAAUGUCUCUCUCACAGCAUUAAGUUGAAGGAGGCGAUGCACAUUCUGCUUACUACACACAAACCCCCUGAAAACUACUCUGCAUAUCUUCAAUUAUUACAGACCUUUAUUUUCAAGAACGCUUUUUUACAAGGGAAAAAUGUCCACUCUUUCAUCGCUCACAGGCGAUUUACAUUUUCUACACGCACAAAUAUUCAUAAUAAGCUUAUUUCCUUGUAUGUCAAGUGCGGAAGUUUGGUAGAUGCCCGCAGAUUGUUUGACCACAUGAAAGAACGAGACAGGGUCUCAUGGAAUACUAUUAUUGCAGCAUAUUGAAGACAUGGGUAUUGUCGCGAGGCAAUCACACUGUUUCACGAUAUGCAACAAACAGGUCUCCAACCCGACCACUAUACACUUGCCAGCGUACUCCCAGCCUGUGCCAAAAUGGGAGCUUUGGAACAGGGUAUGGACAUUCAUAAAAGUAUAAAUGGAGGACUAAUUUUGUCAGAUAUUGUAGUUGCUACUGCCCUGGUGGACAUGUAUGCAAAAUGUGGAAGCAUAGACAAGGCGCGUAAAUUGUUCGAUAGAAUCCCUCAAAGAAAUGCUUUCUUAUGGACUGCGAUGAUUGCAGGGUAUGCACAUAAUGGAUUUGCUGAAAAGGCUUAAGAAAUUUUUAAGCAAAUGCAAUUGGACGGUAUAAAGCCGGACACCACAACCUUUGCCAGUAUCCUCCCUGCCUGUGCCAAAAUGGGAGCUUUGGUUUGGGGUAUCGACAUCCAUCAAAGCAUAAUGGAAGGGGGGUUUUUGUCCGAUAUUAUAGUUGGAAAUGCUCUGGUAGACAUGUAUGCAAAGUGUGGAGACAUAGACAAGGCACGCGAACUGUUUGAUAGAAUGCCUCAAAGGGAUAUCGUCUCAUGGAAUGCGUUGAUUGCAGGAUAUGCACAGAACGGAUUUGUCGAAAAUGCUUUAGAAAUUUUCAAGCAAAUGCAAUUGGCAGCUGUAAAGCCAGACUCUACAACCUUUGCUAGCAUCCUCCCCAUGUGUGCCAAAAUGGGAGCCUUGAAACAGGGUAUGGACAUCCAUCGAAGCGUAAUGGAAGGAGGAUUUUUGUCAGAUAUUAUAGUUGGAAAUACUUUGGUAGACAUGUAUGCAAAAUGUGGAAGCGUAGACAAGGCACGCAAAUUGUUUGGCAGAAUGCAGCAAAGAGAUAUCAUUUCGUGGAAUGCCAUGAUUGCAGGAUAUGCACAAAAUGGAUUUGUUGAAAAAGCUCUAGAAACUUUCAACCAAAUGCAAUUGGCAGGUGUAAAGCCAAAUUCCUCAACCCUUGCCAGCAUCCUCCCUGCCUGUGCCAAAAUGGGAGCUUUGGAACAGGGUAUAGACAUCCACCAAAGCAUAAAGGAUAGAGGAAUUUUGUUAGAUGUUGUAGUUGCAACUUCCUUGGUAGACAUGUAUGCAAAAUGUGGAAGAAUAGACAAGGCUUGUGAACUAUUUGAAGAAAUGCCUCACAGAAAUGUGGUCUCCUGGAAUGCCAUGAUUGCAGGAUAUGCACAAAAUGGAUUUUUUGAAAAGGCAUUAGAAACUUUCAAGCAAAUGCAAUUGGCAGGUCUAAAGCCAGACCCCACAACAUUUGCCAGCAUUCUCCCUGCCUGUGCCAAAAUGGGAGCUUUGGAACAAGGUAUGGACAUCCAUCAAAGCAUUAUGGAAGGGGGAUUUUUGUCAGAUAUUAUAGUUGGAAAUGCUUUGGUAGACAUGUAUGGAAAAUGUGGAAACAUGGACAAGGCACGUGAACUGUUUGACAAAAUGCCACAAAAAAAUGUGGUCUCAUGGAAUGCCAUGAUUGCAGGAUAUGCACACAAUGGAUUUUGCAAGGAUGCUCUUAAAAUCUUUGAAUUAAUGAAGCAGUCUGGAGCAUAUCCUGACGCUGUAAGUUUUUCUUGUGUUCUAUUUGUAUGCAGACAUACAGGUUUAGUAGAUGAGGGCUGUACAUACUUCAGUGAUAUGCAUAAUCCUUAUUGCAUUACACCUACAAUUGAUCAUUAUGUGUGCAUGGUUGACCUUCUUGCCCGUGCUGGUUAUCUUGAGGACACCCUAAACUUUAUCAUUAAGAUGCCAAUUAAACCAGUGGUGGUUGUGUGGAAAAUGGUACAUGCUUUUUGUGUAGGAGACAGAUCACAUCCACAGACACAGGAGAUCUAUGCAGAGUUAGAGAAAUUGGCUUUGGAGAUGAAGGCAGCAAGGUAUUUUCCAGAUUCAAGACAUUUAUCUAAUGACGUGGAAGAGGAGGAAAAGGAACUUUUUCUCUCUCGCCAUAGUGAAAAGUUAGCAAUUGCAUUUGGUUUGUUAAACACACCACCCGGAACAACUAUUAGAGUUGUUAAGAACCUUCGCGUAUGUUCUGAUUGCCACACUGCAACAAAAUUUAUCUCCAAGAUUGUUGCAAGAGAAAUUGUUGUGAGAGAUGCUAACCGUUUCCAUCAUUUUAAACAUGGAAAAUGUUCUUGUGGAGAUUAUUGGUGAUGCUAAUAUGGAGCAAUUUGAAAAAUAGGCUUGCACCAUGUGCGGUGUCAGACCUGCAGUAAUAAUGAAGGGACGAGGUUUUAUUUUCAGUCUCUAGAAAGUUUCCUGUCUUGUUUUGAGUAUUUGGCAUUCCAGACCAUACUGUUGUUUCAUAAAUUGAGAUGCAUAGAGUGCAAUGCAGGUCACUGGGUAUAUAUAGAUCAGUGCAUAGAGUGCAAUCGGAUCAAAGGCCUACUUUAUAGAUCAGUGCAUAGAGUGCAAUCGGAUCAAAGGCCUACUUUAUGAUAAUCUGGAUGCUUUAUUGAAUUGUUUUCACAUAACCUAUACAUUUAUAAAAUGAAAAGUUGGAGGUGAGAGGGGAAAAGAACUAAGGUGAGGAACACUCAAAUGCUUGGUCAGUAGAAAAUGAAAGAGGAGAGCUCACAAUCAUUCUUGUAAUUUUGUAUAAUUUUUUGUUUGGAUUAAUUAUAUUAUAUUUUAUCUAUG